CAGGAAGUACCCAACAACACACCUCAUUUGUAAACACCAAGAUAUUGAAAGUAUCACCAACAUAGUGACGACUGUCAGAAGACAUGGCAGAAGCCGACCCGAGACCGGAAUACAGAUGUUUGAUGUGUACGUCACCCUACAAAGAACCGAGGCUGCUCCCUUGUGGUCAUACUUUCUGCUGCCGAUGUCUGACGUCAUACAUCGAAGCGGAACACGUCACAGCAGACGAGGACCGACACUACUUCCCUUGUCCUGUCUGUGAGGCGUCAAUUAAUCCUGAUGACGGCAAUACGGCCGUAAGUACAUGGGCGACAUGUUUUCCGAAAAAUGAUUUCCUUGUUUCCUCUAUAGCACAGUCCGCCGAUGUCCUUUUCUGUGCGCCAUGUCGACGCUGGAAAGAAUCGAACCCUGCCGAGGUCACGUGUACCGAGUGUGAAGAGAAGCUCUGUAAUCAAUGCAGAAUUUACCAUAAACGGAACAAGGCAUCAUCUUCUCAUCGACUUGUCUCCAUCUCUGGCAAUGUUGGACAACUUUGUGAUGUAACAGUCUACGAAAUCUGUCAUAAACAUAGUGGAAAACCCCUGGACGUGUACUGUGUAGACCACAGCGCUAUGUGUUGUAGUAUUUGUGUGUCGGUGUCACACAGACAAUGUAACAAUGUUAAACCAAUGGAGGAUGUGAUCAAGAAGACAAUGGCAAAACAGAGUCUCGGUGAGACAGAAUGGAAGGAGCUGACAGAGGAAACAAAGAAGAUGUUAGAUGAGGACGAUUUAGGGAUAACAACGCUAAACGCAAGAGAAAAAGAAGUUUCAGCGGAAAUGACCGACAGGAUACAGAAAGCUAAAGACAAGCUCGAUAACCUUAACGCAAGAUUUCAAUCAGACCUCGCAGGUCAAUGCAGAACAUACAGACAACAACUACUGAAUCGACGGAAGAAUGUCAACACAUUUCACAUCAACGCGGAAAAUUCACAUCUGCUGAUGUCACGUUCAGAUCAACAGUUAUCAGAGCGUCACCGAUUUUUCGUGAGAGAACAAACAAAAAAUCAGAUAUCGGGACAUUACCGACGUAUGGAUCAAAACACAAAGAAAGAAACAAAUCAGUUUGACAUCACACUGAAGCUACAGGAAACGAUUAAUGAAAUUAUGAAAAUGACAACCGCGGGAAAUGUUGACGUCACCUCGACACUUUCACCCGUGUCACAGAAUGCAAAUGGCCGUAUAUGUUCCUUGAUAGGAUCUUUGCUUUUGACGCCUUCAGCUUCAGCAUUUUCGGACUCGACUUCGACUUCCGAUUUGACGGGUUCUCUGCAGCAUCUGACAGUCCAGACUACUCCAGUAACGGCCGCGGUGGAUGUAUGGACCGGGUCGGUAUCUUGUGUACAUACGGUUAACACCAGCACACUUAGAGGAGAGGACACGCCUUUGUUGAUGGGAGGAAUCUUUACUGACAACAAUGAAUUACUUAUUACAGACAACUGUAACCGUAGACUCCUACUGUUUGAUGAUAAAUAUUCCUACACGAGAGAAUAUAAAGUUAGUGGUUGCCCUACAGAUAUAGCACGUGGACGUACUGCUGAUGAGAUAUUUGUGGCUUUAGACCAGAAACAGAUACUGAGAUGUACACUACAGAAUGGUCAGCUGUCCGUGAUCAACAAGAUCAGAAGUCCCCCUAAUACCUGGGGUAUAGCAGUACUCGGGGACAACAUCCUGGUCGAUACUCCAGAUAGUGUGAAGGUUAUGUCUAUCGAUGGGAAGGUCACCAAGUCAAUAAAGAAGAGAGGAGGUAACAUAUACCUCGCAGUAUCUACAUCUAAGUCCACUGUAUACCACAUAGAUAACAAUGACGUUGUGUGUAGACGACUAGACAGUGACGCAGUAGUCUACAGGUACAGGGAUCCUGGUCUGAGAGAGCCUGUAGGUAUCGGACUGGACCGGGAUAACAAUGUGUAUGUUUGUGGUUACGGUACCGGAACCGUUUACCUCGUUUCACCUGACGGGUCACGUGGGAGGGUAUUACUGUCCAAGCUGUCCGGUAUCACCUGUCCGUGCUGUAUAGUGGUCCAUCCAACCAAACAGGAGUUCGUGGUUACUUAUAACCAGGAAUCUACUGUACUGGAGGUGUAUAAAUUCAGUGACGACAACAUAUAAAUACUUUUAUGUAGAACAUCAAUGCGGAUGGAUCCGGUAGAGUAACUAGUGUGGGUAAGAUUCGUUAGUCCGAAUUAAUCCGAAUCCCUGUUGAUGUAACGUCGUGCAUAUAGUAUUGGGAUCUUUUUGUACAAAUGUAUUACUGAAAGUUUUUGUUAAUUUGAAAUUGAUGUUCAUUGCUUUAUCUGAUUCCCGAAAUACAUUCACUGUAUUACAUUACAGAUGUAUAGCAGGUUCAGGUUCGUUAGUCCGAAUCCCGAUAGACAAUCACCAUUAUACCGUAUUAAGUAUAGUAUUACAGAUGUACGUAUGGUUCGUUCUUCCGAGACCCGGUACACUUAGACAGUAUUCUUUAUCAAGUAUAUCAAGGACAGAGGUUGCUAGUAGCCUUAUGGGUUUCCCCGUGUGGUAACCCCCAACCCUCUCAUCUCGUUUUUAAUGCCGUUAAAAAAAUUCAAAUUUUCCAAUUUCCCGAGUUAUAUAAACCUCUCAUUUCCCAAUCUAGCCCGAGUUUCCUCUGGCCCUGACACCAUGCCUGGGAGACAUGUGUCAGGGCCAGAGGAAACUCGGGUUAGGACUACAUUGAUGUUCUGGGGUAAAUCAAUAUCUCAUUUAUCCAUAUAUGUAAGGUAUGUGUUAUGUCACAUCCGAUUUUAUUGUAUUUGUACCAAAUUCUUAACGACACCAAACGGUGUCGGAUAAUUCCACGUUUUCAUAUAGUAAUGCGCUCUGGCCCUACACCAGACAUGGUGUCAGGGCCAGAGGAAACUCGGGCUGUAUUUUCAAUCAGAUUACGUACAAGGUCAAUAGAACAGAAGAAGGAAACACAAAUAACGUGAUAGCCUUUCAUAAAGGUUUUGUUUAUUUAAUUUAGCGUCUUGUUAAAAACCAGUCCGUGACCAGUCCUGAGUCAUUUCAGGACUACCAGGUUUAAUUUUGAAGGUGGAGGAAACCCUGAGUAUCAGUACGGUCAGUACUAGACAAUUACCCAAACAAUCUCAGGGUUAGGAAUCUACGCCACAUGCAUGGCCACGGUAAGACAAAAUGGCGUCUCCACGGCCCGUUCCGGAUUAAGUACUUGCACCGCGGCCCCUCAUUUUUCCUCAAAUCCAAAGGUCGAUUACAACAUCGGUUCCUGAACCGUACCGAUUCGGACUAGACUACCCCCUAAUCUGGACUGAGAAUGCAGGUAAAAUAUUACGUGACACCAGUGAUUCCCAUUAUACCAAAAUAGAUCGACAUGGUCUAUGCGUUGUGAAUGGAUUGUGUAGUCAAUCAAUACCAUAUGAAAUAAAGUUAAAUUGACAUAUUGAAUAUGAAUUUUAUACUACUCGUCAUUGUAUGUUUGUUGUCGACAUGGUAAUUGUUUACAUUUUACCUUGAACGAUACGGCGUAUAUUGGUUAUUUUACUCUUUUGUUUUAUCCAAGUGACACUUUUCUUUCUCCAUAUUUUUAUCUUUAUACUAAUGCGUUAUAUCAAAUAUGCUUUUAAUGUUGAAAAUAUCUGUUAAAUACGAUUGAAAAAUAUAUGGUUAUAAGAAAUAUAACAAAAUAUGAAAAAUACAUCUUGUGGUUUUACCAUAUUAUGAAAAUGUGAAGUUUAUGUUAGUAAUUAUAGUCAGUCUAGUGUAUUAUAUUAACUUCGUUUUUUUCACGUUUUUAAUUGUCUUUUGGCAUAUGGAAUAAAAUCAGAUAUUGUAAAAGUU